AGGGGCGGUGCCUGCGCCUGAGCCUCUAGGAGAGGGAAGGAGCCUGGCUCCCGGCUCCGCGUUGGGACGGGUAGGCCUGCUCCGCCGUACGCCCCAGAGGCAGAGCCGGAAGCGCUGCAGUUUGAUCCGCGAGUCCAUCGGUUUUCGAAGGGGUAGCCCUCUUCCUUCAACCCUCUCCGCUUCCCCUGUGCCCCCUCAUCCGAAGCGCCCAGCCUGGGCGGGGCGGCGCAGCCCGAGCUCGGACCCGGAAGAAGCGCCCUCUCCCGCCUCCGCCAUGGAGCCCACCGCGCCGUCCCUCACCGAGGAGGACCUGACUGAAGUGAAGAAGGACGCUUUGGAAAAUUUGCGUGUAUACCUGUGUGAGAAAAUCAUAGCUGAGAGACAUUUUGAUCAUCUACGGGCAAAAAAAAUACUCAGUAGAGAAGACACUGAAGAAAUUUCUUGCCGAACAUCAAGUAGGAAGAGAGCUGGAAAAUUGUUAGAUUACUUACAAGAAAACCCCAAAGGACUAGAUACCCUGGUUGAAUCUAUUCGGCGAGAAAAAACACAGAACUUCCUGAUACAGAAGAUUACAGAUGAAGUGCUGAAACUUAGAAACAUAAAACUAGAACAUCUGAAAGGACUGAAAUGUAGCAGCUGUGAGCCUUUUCCAGACGGAGCCACAAACAGCCGCUCUAGAUCAAAUUCAGAUGAGAGUACUUUCUCUGAAAAACUGAGAGCAUCCACCGUCAUGUAUCAUCCGGAAGGAGAGUCCAGCACAACCCCCUUUUUUUCUACUGAUUCUUCUCUGAAUUUGCCUGUUCUAGAAGUAGGCAGAACUGAAAAUCCCUCUUUCUCUUCAACUACGCUUCCUAGACCUGGGGACCCUGGGGCUCCUCCUUUGCCACCAGAGCUGCAGUUAGAAGAAGAAGGAACUUGUGGAAACUCUAGUGAGAUGUUUCUGCCCUUAAGAUCACGUGCUCUUUUGAGGCAAUGACAGUUUACUGGCUUUUAAUGUUUUUAACAAUGACCAAAAAUAUUUGAAUCAUCUUACAAGGUUGCUAUAAUGACUUAUUAACAUCUGAUGCACAUCUUUUAUACACAUCUUUUAAAAAACACAAUGUAAACAUAGUUUGUAAAUAGAAAUUUUUAGAAUAAAAGAAGCACGCUUUUAGAUAGCUGAAGUCAGUCAUGUUGAUCAUGUACCUGACAGUGUUUUCUAGUUUUUUUCAUUUCUGAGGUAAUUUAGUGUUUUCACUUUUUUAUGCUUUAAACUAAUUUUAAUGGAGACCAUUUCUCUAUUUGAGAAUAGAGUCUUAGGCUGGGAGUAAAGUUUCUUCUCCGUGUAUUUGUCCUGAUAAGUUUCACAGUCUAAUAGUCCUUUCCAACCACUCAGCAAUAAAUUUUCAGCAUUAAGCUGUUCCUCUUUGCUAAUGAAGCCAGUCACUGCUGGGGAAACUGCCAGCGUACCGAAAAGAAUCUUUUUCCCACUCAGUUGGGCUUACAGAGUCCCCUUCUGAUUCAGAGGAACGUCUCAUGGAAUUUGAGCCACCUAAGGUAUCAAUUUGCCAAAAUACAUUUCUUAUUAAUUUUGCUAAUUAAUACUACUUUCUUAAGAUUUUCACAUUCUUUGCUUUAUCAUUCUCAUUCCUAAAGAAAAAUCUUGACAAAAACUUCAGUUAUUAUGUAUAAUUUGAUGAGAUUAAAAAAAAAACUUUUUCUGUACUUUUCUUCAUUCUCUUUUAAUGAGGACCACUGCACAACUAAACUAACUAGAACACAAUGUUUUGUGUGUGUGCGUACGUGACAGCUCUGGAAUUCUGUUUGGAAUAAGCAGGCCAUUAGCUAGAUUUGUCUUUUUGUUCCAUAACAAAGUUUGACUAAUUUUACACAUUUAUAAAUUUUCUGCUUUCAUUGUUUUCAUUGAAUUAUAAUUUCCUGGUAUCUGUCUCGUAUAUAUUUCCAUUACUUGCAAAAAGCAGAGAUGGAAAUAUGCUGUUAAAAAUAAAUUGUUUUUAAAUUGUAGUGCUGUGUUUUGGAAGUUUCAAAUUUUUCAAUAGAAAUUAAAUAGCUGAAACUUUAAAUAUGUACCAAUUUUUAUAGGAAACAUUACUUCAAGUUGUGAAAAGGAGUUGCAUUUCUGGAUAGACCGAUGAAUUUAUCAAAGCUAAGAUUUCAACAGACUUAGACUUUUGGGUUUUCUGACUUCUGUGAAGUCAGUUUUUUUCCUUUAAACACUGAAAACCAGCCAUUGCCAAAAACAUAUAAAUUUGAAUGACAGACUAAUGUGAUAUAGUGCAGCUGGUGAUUAGUUGAUUAAUGUAGCAGUGAGAAAGUUAGUUUUCACAAAUACCAUAUUAUCACUUAAUAUAAAAACACCACCUUUGAGCUAACUUUUUUUUUAUUGCUUUUUAAAAAUUAAGAAGCUUUAUGUUUUAGAGCAGUUCUAGGUUUACAGCAAACUCAAGCAGAAAGUACAGCAUUCUCAUAUGCCCCCCUACCCCCAUUUCCCAUAUUAACAUCUCACAUUAAUAUGACACAUUUAUUAGAAUUGAUGAACAAGUCUUGAUACAUCAUUAAUUAAAGUUAAUAGUUUCGGAUUCACUCUUUGUGUUGUACAGCUUUGUAAGUUUUGACAAAUGCAUAAUGCCAUGUAUCCACCAUUGUAAUAACACGGAUGACAGUUCCACUCCCCUCAAGACCCCGUGUUCCACUUGCUCGUCCUUUCCUCUUUCGUCCCCCUUCAGCCCUGGCAACCACUGCUCUGCUUUUUCUCUCCAUUGUUUUGUCUUUUCCAGAAGGUCAUAUAGUUGGCGUCAUACAAUAUGUAGCCUUUUCAGCCUGGCUCCUUACGCUCAGCAGUAUGCAUUUCAGUUUCCUCUGUGUCUUUUCAUGGUGAGCUUACUUUUUCAAGAGGUAAUUCCAUCUUUGGUCAGGAUGUCAUUCUUAGUACGAGGUCAAACACUGGCAAAUUAGGAGCAGAACCCGAUAAUGGCAGUUUUUCGUUUUUAGGACUUUUAAGUUUUUUUGGAUUUCUGGGGAGUUUUUUUUGUUUGUUUGUUUGUUUUUUUGGUUUGUUUAUGUUGACAAACAUUAAAAAUUUUUAAUUUAGCUCAA